ACAAAAUGGGAGUGAAAGCUGUGCUUGGCGAUCUGCAAAUCGUCGUGGAACGGCAUUCAGACGUCUUACGGAAUAAUGCGUUACCGUUCAGAUUUCUUGUUGUGCUACGAAUUAUUGGCUAUAUUAUCUCAUAUCUUCACUUUGCACGUCUUCUUUUAUGGCUUCACCCUUAUCAAAUUGCUUCAAUUGAACUUUGGCGUAUCGCGACAAGCACAUUCUGCGGUCACAAUGUACUCGACGUUCUGUGGACAGUCUGGUGUCUUCAUUUCGGAACGAAUCUCGUCCGUCUCAACAAUACAAAUGAGUCUCUUCUGAAGCUUUAUGCAAUUACUCAGGGUGUUACCACUUUUGUCAUCGUAGUCUUCGCAUAUCUCACCUACAUUUUAUUCGAUUCUAUCAAAUUUUUCUACAUUGAACCACUUGUUGGUAUGACUCCGAUUUGUGCGUCGGUUAUGGUUCUCAUGAAGCAGUUUCUUCCUGACACCAUUGUCCUGGCAACACCACUUGGACGUAUUAAAUAUGCUCACCUUCCAUUCUUGGCCAUAUUUGUCUCAUUUAUUCUAGCUCUCACCAAAUUUACUUACUUUGUGUCAUUUCUCCAAAUCACCAUCGGUGUUCAAGUUUCUUGGACCUAUCUUCGCUUCUACAAACCCCAUGAAACUGACGAAAUCUAUGGAGACGGCAGUGAGCACUUCACGUGGGCCAGCCUCUUCCCGUCUCGCACUCAACUCUUCUUCACUCUCAUUGGAAAAGUUUGCUUCAGAACCCUUGCUCGAAUGGGCGUCUGCAAACGACAAGUUCGUCAUGUUGAUCUUCACUCUCUACAAUCAGGAUCCGUUGGAAUCAACUUGCCUGCGCUGGAGAAUUCUGCAAAAGACUCGGAGAGACGGAGACAAAAAGCAUUGAAAGAGUUGAACGAUCGAUUGAACAAGACUCGAACAGCAGAAGUUGCCAGCUACGGAAACUGGGACGAUGGUGACGAUGAUGAGCCGACUGAGGUUACUGUAGUUGCUCCGCCCCCUGUAUCAAAUGUACAUUCUUCAAAACCAGCCAUGGACAAAGAAUCAAUGGCAUAAAUAGAUUUUUGGGUUCCUUUUUUAUUAACAUUCAUUAAUUAUGUAUUUCUUGGAUCUCUAGUUUCGACUACUCUCGUUUAUGUUUUCUUUCGCUUCAUUUUGCUUCCUUGUUCUUCAUGGGUGUUUUUCAUUUAUUGCCUUCUUCCCUCUCUGUGAGUAAUUUUUGCAUUUAUUGUAUUUUUCUCUGUGAUAGUUUUUUGUUUGAUGAAUAAAAUAUUAGAUUUAAA